UUUAACGACACAUAUAUACAGCAGCCUUUGAAUUCUAUUAUUUAUUUCAUUAAAAAUAAUGUUCACAUAUUUAAGUGUUUUUAGUACUUGGCGAAAUUAUAGACAUUUUUGUGUAUUGCAUAGUGGAAACUGAACGGAUCAUUUUCAAGAAAUAUUUUAUGUGUUAAAAAAAGUUACAAAUAAAAGCUGCAUACAUACACAUAUUUCUGGAAAAAUGGAUAGUGAAGAAAUAGUACAGUUCGAAACCUUGGAUGAUCAUAAUGAAACUGAACAUUAUGAUCAGGAUAACAUUAAUACGGAGUCUCAUCUACCAGAAAGUGAGGAUGAUGCACUGACUUCCGAGGAAGUAAUGAGGGAACUUGAAAACGCUUGGCUAAAUGAGAAAUUCGCUCCAGAACUUUUACCUCACCAGGGUGACCUUAUACCAUUGAUGUUGCAGCAAAUUUCUCACAUGGAAAGUAAUUUACAAAAUGCUACAAAAGGAGAUAUGAGAAUAAACAUUCAUACAAUGGAAAUCAGCAGAAUUAGAUUUAUAAUUUCGAGCUAUCUGAGAAAGAGACUGGAAAAAAUAGAGGAGUAUGCCGCAUUUUUACUAGAAGCAGAUUCAAAGAGAUCGCCAGAAGAAGCCUUUAUGACACCUACUGAGUCACGCUUUGCUAAAGAAUAUGUGGAAAAUGUUAAAAAGUUAUUUUACACCUUGGCUUUACAACACAUGCCUUCUAGGUUUCAGGACUUUGACGAGGCAAAAAUGUCCUCCAAACCAAACAUGAAUAAACAUGUGUUUGUGAGAGCCAACAAAAAGAUAGAAGGUAUAAUGAUUCCAGGCAGUAUUAAUGAGGAUGAGGUUGAUUUCGAGGAGGGAUCCCAGCAUAUCAUUAAAUAUAGUGCAGUUGCUGAUUUAGUUAAAAGCGGUGCUGUGCAAUUGAUUUAGCAGUAAUUUACCAACAUAAGCAUUACUUGCAAAAACUAUUUUAUUAAAUAAGAUAAACUGUACAUUUAUAUAUAAAAAAAAAAAAAAAAAAAGCAACAAAGUGCCUUACUGGAGGAAUUUUCGAUUUGUGUUAAAUACGCAAAUAAAACUUUGGUGUAUUAAUAGUUUUUCUCAAUCAUGAACGUAACUACCAGGAAAGUAAGCAGAUAAUUUUUUAUUUUUUAUAAGUUAUGUAAUAAUUUCUACAUCCUAAAAACU